GGGGUGGGGAGGACGCGUUCCCUUUUAAACGAAACGGGAGGUGGCCCAAGUGGCCCAGAGGGUGUCCUCUUUGCCAAGCCCCGCGUCCUCUGCCGAAGGCUCUGCGCUUCUCCACCAUCAUGAAUCCUACCCAGGAGGGACGAAUUGUGAUUGUUGGCAGUGGACUCAUUGGGAGCAGCUGGGCCAUGGUUUUCGCAUCUGGUGGUUUUCAAGUAAAGCUUUAUGAUACUGUGGAAGCGCAGAUUACAAAAAGCUUGAAAAAAAUUGAUGAACAAAUGAAAGAACUCGAAACAGCUGGAAUGCUGAAAGGCUCCCUCAAAGCUGACCAGCAGAUCACUCUCAUUAGCGGUUGCACAGAUUUAAAAGAAGCUGUCAAAGGUGCCAUUUAUGUUCAGGAGUGUGUACCUGAGAAUGUAGAACUGAAAAAGAAGAUUUUUUCUCAGUUAGAUCUAAUAGUCAAUAAUGAUACUGUCCUAGCUAGUUCAACCUCGACUCUGUUGCCUACAAAAUUAUUCACUGGACUGAAGCAUGUGAAGCAGUGUAUAGUUGCACAUCCUGUAAAUCCACCAUAUUAUGUGCCGCUUGUUGAAUUAGUUCCUCAUCCGGAAACAGAUCCUUCUACAAUGGAGAAAACCUAUGCUUUGAUGAAGAAUAUAGGACAAUCACCAGUUAAAUUAACAAGAGAGAUAGAUGGAUUUGUUCUGAACCGACUUCAGUAUGCUCUUAUUAGUGAAACAUGGAGACUUGUUGGGGAUGGCGUAAUAUCACCAGAUGACCUAGACCUUGUGAUGUCUGAUGGUUUGGGAAUGCGGUAUGCAUUUAUGGGACCUCUGGAAACAAUGCAUCUAAACGCCGAAGGAAUGCUGAACUAUUGCGAUAGAUACCGUGAAGGUAUUAUCCGUGUCUUGAAAACCUUUGGACCAGUACCAGAUUUUUCUGGGAAAACAGAACAGAAAAUCAAUGAGGCCAUGGUUAAAAAAACUCCAAGUGAUCCAGAGCACCUAAAUGCCAGGAGACAGUGGAGGGAUGAAUGCCUCGUGCGCCUGGCCAAACUGAAAAGGGAUAUUAAAUCGGAUGACGUGAACCACUUUUAAAUCACAGAAACGGGCAUCAUCAAGUUGGCAUUCAAGAGGACACCUCCCUUCCAUGGCCAAACAUUACACAUGCAAAAGCCAGUUGAACCACUUAGGUCAAUUAUUUAAGGCUAGAACAUUUUUAUCUGAAAACGUUUCUAAGUGAUAUUUUAAAGCCAGAGUCUUAAACCCCUUGGCUGAGAAUCUGGGGAGAUUGUCAGUCCUCCAGGUCAUAGUUGUCUUAAAGAUGCUUUCCCCCGCCCCCCUUCAAAAGGCAGCUGGAAUGCUUUUUCCUUUUCCCUCAAGGAAAAAAAACAACCCAGUCCAGUUGCCUUUUAAGGGUGGAGGGGAAAACACCUUUGAGACCCUUGCUUGAGAUGCUUGCAUUUUAUGGGAGGGCUGCAUAGAAAUGUAUUUGUUGAGAGUAGUUUGCAAUUUUCAUCACUGAAACAAAUGGGAUGCAAAGCGAACUCAAUUUUAAACAAGAUGCUGAACUUCAAAAACCGCAUUGCUCUUGGGCUUCCGUAAUGAAAAAUAUUUUUAUGUAGAGGUAGUCUUUUAACUUGCAAUUGAGUCAUAAUUGAGCGUAGAAUUAAGAUAAUAAGUCAUAUCUACCUCAUUUUAUGACUUUUUUUGUGGCAGUCAUUAAAUAAAUGUUGUCAUCAUUAAAACAUCACAUUUUUUUGCAAUGGGCACAUUUUGCCAGAAACUGGAAGUAAAUGCUGGUCCCCGGAAAGCCCAUAAAUCACAGUUACAUGACUGUGGGAUCCUGCAAAUGGUUCUAAAUAUGGCCUGGUUGCUGAGUGCCCAAAAUAUAAUCACAUGACCACAGUGGGAGGGAAUGGUCGUCAGAAGUUGUAAGUCUCUUUCUUUUUUGGGGGGGUUGGGGUGGGGUUUGUCCAUCAUAACUAUGAACAGUUGCUAAGCGACCAGUCUUAAGUCAAGGACUACCUGUAUCAGUUCUUGGUUCAUAUUACUUUUAAGCUACAAUGUAACAGAACAGUAAUAUUUAUUUAAAACUAACUUUUUAAAGUCUUGCUUGUGAUUAAUUUAGCCCAAGCAUCGAUUACUUUUUUGCAUGGAUCUAACUAUUUUGGCAAUGGUGGUAAGGGGGGGGGGAAUGCUUUUUCUGGCCUACAUUCUCUUCUGUUUGUGUAUUUAUAGGCAGGAUAAACCAUGAUAUCCAAGUUUGUACAUAUUCUGAUUGUAGCCAAAUAAGAUUUCCAAUAUUAGCAAUAGCACUUAGAUUUAUAUACCGCUUCAUAGUGCUUUCCAGCUCUCUUUAAGCGGUUUACAGAGUCAGCAUAUUGCCCCCAACAAUCUGGGUCCUCAUUUUACCCACCUUGGAAGGAUGGAAGGCUGAGUCAACUUUUAGCCUGGAGAGAUUCGAUCUGCCAAACUGCUGGCAGCUGGUGAUCAGCAGAAGUAGCCUGCAGUACUGUACUCUAAUCACUGCACCACCUCGGCUCAUAUUAGCUUUAAUAUGAAUGAAUCUUAUAUUCAGAUGAUUAUGUUUCACAUUAUAGGCUUUGUGCUGUAUUGACGUAUUAUGCAGAUUGGCAAUAAUACCAAUAUGGGGACAAAGGACUGGAAGAUGUGAUAAUGUAGACCGUAAUUUGUUCCCCUUGGCAGUUCUUCCAGUUGGAAGGGGACAUUAACUACUUAAGACUAGAGUUGUGUCCUUAACAAUUCCUUCCUUUUAUGUCAUGGAUGCUUUAGAUUCUUUGUCAAAUAGCGGAUGUGCUAGAUCAGAGUGCCACUGUUGAAGUAUUAUAUUAGAUGUGGAAGAUUUUUGGUAUUAUAGAAUAUUGCCAGUUGGCUGCAAAAGUAGACGCAAUGAUUUCAAAGCAAGAUUUCCUUGCAAUAUUUCAUCAUUGCCCCAACAUUUUGAUUGAAACAAUUUUUGUGGAGAACUGGGUGGCUUGGGUUUUAGCGUUGCUGACUAACAAACUGCCUUUUUGUAAGAUCAGUAUACCUGAAAGCCUGGCAGUGAGAGCUCUUUAAAGAUUACACUCAGAAAAAUAAACCCUAUGAACCCUGAACUCUAGGCAAGUCCGUGAACUAUAAACUCAAGAAUACAACUGAAAUACCUGUACAUCUCUUUCUUCAUCGCAUGUACACAAUAUGGGGAAUUCAUUGGGGUUUUCUAUAUGUCUUAACCUACACUGGAGAUUGUUCAACUGAGGAAGCAUAUCCUUGUCUUCUUUGUAAAAGUAUGGGUGAUAACUACAUUACUAAAGCUUUCUUGAGAAGGCUGCUCAGUCUUUGGAAUUCCUGCAGUUAGGAGACCAACCUAGUCUCUUGUGACGUUUUAUAGCUUGUCCUGACAAGAUUAACUUUCAAUGAAUUAAUGAUCAUAAUCCUGUAAGAUUUCAUACGUGGCUGAUGGGACCUUCUAUCUUUUUUAACUGAGCAUGAUUGUGUUAUGAAUUUUUAUUAAUAUUGUCACUGAGGACUUCUGUUCCAAAAUCAAUAACUUGCCAUAACAUUUAAUGUAUUUUAUUGCCAGGCAUAUAUACGUUUCAUUAACUAUUAGAUUUCAUCAGUACAAAGCUCACUAAAUUGUUACAUUAGUACAAGCUCAAGACAUUUAAUUAGGAGAAGUAUUUAAAUGCAUCAUAGAAGACACUGCAAUCAUUACAUUAAGUAAAUUGCAAUGCUCAAAAACUCUAAAUUUUAUGUUUCUUUGUAUUAUUCUUCAAGCUGAUGAAAUAUCUGUACAUCUGUAAUCUGCUUACCAAUAAAUAUCUUUAUUGAAAUCA